AUGGCGACCGAAGUCGAGUAUACCCAUAUUGAAUUGCUCACCCUCAGCGGUCCAGAUUUCCGUCGGGUAUCAACUGCGCCCCCGCGUCCUCCUACCGAUAAUGAAAUCCCGGUCAUUGACUUAUCUUCUAUUGAUGGAGAUCUAGAAGCGAGGAAGAUCAUCGCAUCCAAAAUUAGGACAGCAGCCGAGAAUACAGGCUUUUUUUACAUCGAAAACCAUGGGAUCCCAGAAGAGCUUAUUCAAAGAGCUUUGUCCCAAGCACAAGCCUUUUUCGCCCAAUCCGAUGAAGCAAAAGAGCUCGCAUCGAGUAAGAGGUCAGCGGUCUCAGAAGGGUGGCAUGGGCUUGGAACUACCCAAAUUAAUAAAACAGAGACACUAGAUCGUAAAGAAACGUUCUCAAUCCGCUACAAUUCCAAAAACGAUCCAACUAUUUCUGACCCAGAAAAGGUUCUCGCCGACUCGGGCAGGCGAUUCUCUGAUAUCGUCGAAAUCAACUUUCCAUGGAGCGGAACAAAUCAUCUCCCAGGAUUCCGUGAAACAACAAUUGAAUUUUAUCAGUCCCGCCUCGCGCUCGCACGUAAGAUGAUUCGCAUCUUUGCUCUUUCGUUAGACAUGCCGGAAGACUACUUUGAUUCGGUUACCACAACCCCUGGUGCAGAUGGGCUCUACGUCCACUAUCCUGCCACGCCAGCCGAUAUGCUGAAGAAAAACAAUGGAAAUAUCGAUGUCGGCAUUGGCUCACAUACUGAUAUCCAGUGCAUCACUCUGCUGUGGCAAGAUAUGUCUGGGGGAUUGCAGGUUCUUUCUGCCAGUGAUGAGUGGUUGGAUGCUCGACCCAUACCGGGAACCCUGGUGGUCAAUAUUGGAGAUUUCUUGCAGCGUCUCUCAAAUAAUAGGUUUAAAUCAACCGUGCAUAGGGUUUAUAACCGUCAGUCUACCUCCCGAUACUCUAUGCCCUUCUUCCUGGGGUUCAAUCCGGAUUCAGUCUGCAAGGUUGUGCCCUCGUGUGUCGACGAAGCGCACCCUGCGCUUUAUGAACCUAUCUCUUGUGGACAGUGGCACCGAAAAAGACUUGAGCUUGCUACAGUCAAAACCACCAACACAUGA